AUGUCGGUAACACACAUCAUUUACUACAAUUGCGGUCACCUUAGACUUAUCGUAUCUCACAAGCAUGACGGAGACGAAUGCCCCACUAACAUGCCAGACACCACUACGACACCAGAAAACUGCAACCGCUGCAUGAGCCCAAAGAGCGGCAGCGACAGCGAGGGCGCAAGCCCUGAUAUGUACUUUGAAAGUGAUUUUUCGAGUAUAUCAGUAAGCUCCGGCGACGCUACUGAUUCUGACUACAAUGGUGACGACGAGGAUGACGACGGAAGUGACGACGAAGGUACAGAUGAAGGUGCACACCAAAGUGACGAAGAAAUGCUGUCUGACAACAGCAAUGAUGUGCCGGCGCUUAGACUGAGAAAUGUCAAUCCAACAGAGAACUGCACAAACCCCUGGUCGGACAUGUCAGAACUCUAG